CGCAUGCAUGUUAUCUUGGUAGCGGAGCGUGGCAGAACCAAUCAGAGCCAACAUGCGCAGACAGAACCAAAAUUUGGUCAUCCGACGUGUCAAAACGGGACGUGAGAAAGCAAUUCGCAGCAUAUAAAUAAGUGAAACGCAUCCCUGAAAAAGGUUUUGACAGUUCAUGGUUACGAACGUUCGUGAGUUUUGAUUCAGUUGAAGAAUUUUAAUAAAAACGGGCAUGGAAAAUACUUCAAAUAAGGAAGAACAAAAUAACCAGGAUGAUUCAGACUCGGAAAUAGACGAAAUAGAACCAAGGCUGAAAUAUGUUAGGAUGCGAAAUGAUUUGGAGGAUAUAUUGCAAAAUGAUGCAGCUAGUUGCAUUGCAGUGCAUCCCAAGUUCCUAUGCCUGGGCACUCAUUGGGGUAAAAUACACCUUUUAGACCAUCAGGGAAAUAAUAUCCAAUCCAAAAGUCUACAGGCACACACGGUUGCUGUCAAUCAAAUUUCUAUAGAUCACAAUGGAGAUUUUAUUGCAUCCUGCAGCGAUGAUGGAAAGGUUUUUAUAUAUGGUCUUUAUAGUACUGAAAAUAACCAUAAUAUGAGUAUGGGUAGAUCAGUCAAAAGUAUAGCUAUAGAUCCAAAUUAUUAUAAAAGCAGUAGUGGAAGAAGAUUUAUUACAGGAGAUGAUAAAUUGGCUUUGUAUGAGAAAACCUUUUUAUCCAGAAUGAAAGUAACUGUAUUGUGCGAAGCAGAAGGUGGAGUAAGAUCAGUUGCAUGGAUUGGACAUUUUGUAGCUUGGGCAUCUGACAUUGGUGUUAGGGUUUAUGAUUUAAAUGCCAGAUGUUCGCUAGGUCUUAUUAAGUGGUCUAGGUCUGCCGACGCAUUACCAGAACAUUAUCGAUGUAAUCUUCGAUGGUCAGACGAUCGAACGUUAUUAAUCGGUUGGGUUGACAUAGUACGAAUUUGUCAAAUUAGAAAAAGAUCGAUACAAGAGAUGGUGAAUAGAGAUCUGCCAGAAUAUGUUGUAGAUCCAGUUUCAACUUUUCAAGUGGAUUUUUACAUUUCUGGUAUUGCUCCUUUAGAAAAUCAGUUAGUAUUAUUAGGAUGUUUGAAGGAAUUUGAUGAAAAUGGAAAGAGUCAACGACCAAUGCUACAUGUUGUUGAACCGAAAUAUCAGGAUUUCUCUAUUGUUUGUACAAGUUCUCUUACACUUCGUGGUUAUAAAGAAUAUAGUUGCAACGAUUAUCAUUUAGACUGUUUAAAAGAAGAAAACAGGUUUUUUAUUGUAAGUCCAAAGGAUAUUGUUGUAGCUAGUUUAUAUGAUGCUGAUGACAGAAUUGAAUGGCUUUUAAGUCAUGGAAAAUUUGAACAAGCAUUAGAAGCAGUAACAAUAAAUAAUGGCAAAAAUUGUAAAAGACACACAUUAGUUAAUGUCGGCCGUGUAUAUUUAGAUCAUUUGCUAGCUUGCGGAAAAUAUGAUGAAGCAGGAAAAUUGUGCUUGAAAAUUUUAGGAAAGGAUAAAAAAUUGUGGGAAGAAGAAGUAUAUAAAUUUGCAAGAGUUCAUCAAUUACGAUCAAUUUCUUCGUAUCUUCCAAGAGGUGACGUGACGUUAGAUCCAUUAAUUUACGAGAUGGUUUUGUAUGAAUAUCUGAAAAUGGAUCCCGACGGAUUUCUUCAACUAGUCAAAGAGUGGUCUCCGAAGUUGUAUAAAGUUGCAGCUGUUGUAAAUGGUGUUCUAGAACACCUUUUACUGCAUAAUCAACGACAAAACGUGCUUUUAGAGGCUUUAGCUAUUUUAUAUAUUCAUGAUGGAAAAUAUGACAAAGCAUUGGCUAUGUAUUUAAAAUUGAGGCACAAAGAUGUAUUUCAACUUAUUCAAAAAUAUCAGCUGUAUAAUACUGUAUAUGACAUGAUAGAAGGUUUAAUGGAUUUAGACGCAGAACGUGCUAUACAAUUUUUUUUAGAAAAGGAUAAAGACAAAGGAUUAGAAAAGAUUAGAGUGCCAUCUGAUAUUGUUGUACAAAAAUUGCAGCAUAAUCAUCGAUAUUUAUAUUUGUAUUUAGAUGCAUUAGAUAAAACGAAUAUGAAAGAUUCAAAAGGCAAAUACCAUGGUCUGUUGGUCCGACUUUAUGCCGAUUACUCUCGGGAUAAAUUAUUACCACUUUUACGCCGUUCUGAUAAUUAUCCGAUUCAGCAAGCGCUAGAUAUUUGUAGUCAACGACAAUUUUAUCCGGAAAUGGUAUAUUUGCUCGGUAGAAUUGGGAAUACUUCCGAAGCUUUAGCACUUAUGACGAGAGAACUAAAUGAUAUGGAAAGUGCGAUCGCGUUCUGUCAAGAACACGACGAUGAAGAAUUAUGGAAGGAUUUAAUUAAUUAUUCCGUAGAUAAGCCCAAGGCAAUCACAUUUCUCCUUCAGAAAAUAGGCACAUAUGUCGAUCCUAGGCUUAUGGUUAAAAGGAUAGAUCCAACUCUAGAAAUUCCUGGAUUGAAAAACGCUUUAGUUAAAAUGAUGUGCGAUUAUAAUCUUCAAGUUUCGGUACAAGAAGGUUGCAAAAAAAUUUUAUCUAGCGAUUAUUUUAAUUUACACGAAAGAUUGGUUAAAUGCCACCAGAAAGGAAUAUUUAUAGAUGAUGAUCAAAUGUGUGGAGCUUGCCAUAGGAAAAUAAUUGUAAGAGAACCAAGGAAUUUAGUUGUAUUUUAUUGUAAACAUUCGUUUCACGAAGAUUGUUUACCGAACUUCGAAGUAGUGGAAAAUUGCGUUAUAUGUAAUUCACAAAAGGAUUCAUCACCGGGCAAAAAAUGAUACAGGCAAUGGAAUUUUGAUGUUGCUGAGCUAGUAACUUUUGACCCACCGAAAUGACCGUCGAUGGACAUCGAAGAUUGCACAUGUACUAAAAAUUCAUGAGCUUGAGGCCCGAUGGAUUCUACUAGAAUGCAAUAACCGCCUAUCGGCUUUGUAUUCCUUUCAGGUUCAUUUUUUAAACAUAUUAUCAAAGUCUCUCGAAAACAUAAAGCUGUUCGUUUUACAUUAUCUGAAGUACAAAAAAGAAACAGAAAUAUUUACUUAUUAUACAAGAAUAUUAAUAUUUGUAACAUAAUAUAUAUAUUUUUUUUGACAAUAUUCUACUGUCUAACAGUGGAAAAAGAUUAUAGCUUGAAAGGCAUGCAUAUGCUACAUUCCAAAUACGCCUGAUUUAAUUAGCGACGAAUAAAUCUACCUGUUUAUAUAUUAUAUAUUUUUCUAUUAGAUUUUGUUGUGCGCCAUUUUUGUGAAUAUUUUGUUUGUUUUAUUUAUAUAAUAUCUUUAUUCGUUGUUGAAGAAAUUUGGUUAGAACGAAUUAUGAGGAUAAAAUGUUAGAUGAAUAUGUUUUAUCUACCAAGUUUUUAACAGUUUUUAUUGUCAUUAAACGAUUAUUUUAUUUGAAAUCUGAUCGAUCAUAAGCUCACAACUUGCUGUACAUACUAAUGUAUGCACUGAAAUUUUAAAAUGAAAUUAUUAUAAUAUAAAAGAAAUAGUUGAGGUACUUAUAUUAUGUGCAAUGAAUCCUUACGAAUAGAAGAAUUUUCUUACAAAUUUAUAUAUUAGUAUGUGCAGUAAAAACUCCAUAGGAUUGUUACAAUAUCAAAUAUUCUGUAUUUUGUACAAGAACGUGCCAUUACUGUAUAAAACAAUUUUAGUAUGUUCCGUAGUACGUAAGAAAAAUAUUUAUCGGUACACAGUCUUUGCAUACGUAAUAUUACAAUUGAUACCUAGGAUAUUUCACCUAGGUUUCCAUGUAAAUACUGUUUCUAAGUUACAGCAUAAAACAACAAUAACAUGUAAAAUAUAAUUAAUAUAUAAAUUUUUCACGUCGCUCUUAAAACUGUAUGUUUGAUAAUUUUUAGAGUUUCUUUGUGGUAAUGCUUAUAAUUAAAAUACGUUUUUGUCUAAACGAAUGGAA